ACCGUCCCAGAGCUCCGAGCCGCACAGACCUGGGGUCAGCCGCGGUGUGAAGCGUGUUUACCGCAGGGGCUGGAGGAGUGGCGCCAGGAAAGCCAAGGCUAAGUGGUGGACUAACGUGAAGCACAGAUCUGCUGCGGUCAGCCCCCCCGCGGACACAGUGUCCAUGCAGCCUGACCUGGAGCACGUGGACGGCCUGCUGUUUGUGUCCUUCACUGCCAAGGAAGCGCUGGACGUUCAUGUUGGACACAUGAGGAGAUCUGUGGGAACACCCGCCUCAGCUCGAGCGGAGAAGCCAGCGUGUGCUGCAGAAGCCGGCGUGACGUCUGCAGACUGGAUCUGUGCGCAGGAGCUGGUCUUACUGCAGCAGCUCCAGCAGCUGAAGAACCGGCAGAUCAUUCAUCCUGUGCUUCAGCAAGUUGGGCUGAAACUGAAUCUUCUGGAUCCCGCGGCACCCAUAGACCUGCAUUAUCUGGGCGUUGCUCUGCCUCUGCCUUCACCUGUCCUCACAUCAUCCUCUCACGACGCUUUCGUUUCGCGCACUGGGAAGACGAGGGAUCUGAGCAGGAUCAAGGGCUGGAUGGAGAAGUUUAACCCUAAGAGCACAGCUGACAGCUCGGCCGGUCACUCGGCGUUCUCCUCGGCUCUGCUGGACGAGUAUCUGGAGGCUGAAGGUCAGCGGAUCAGUGAACGCGCCGCCGUGUUUUCCUCCAGCGCUCCGUCUCCGGUGCUCUAUCAGCUGCCCGUCAGGAGCAGCAGCUACGUGAGGACCCUAGAUAGUGUGCUUCAGACGCGCAGCUCUGCCCCCUCCGGAGCCCGUGACAAGCGCACUAAAGCGUGGCGAUCCCGACGAGGUGUUAGAACGGCUCCCGAAGCCUCGGUGCGCUCUUCCUCGGCCAGACUCCGGUGGAAACGCAGCGUGUCUGAAGAGCCUCCUCAGCGUCCGGCGGCGUCCAGCGGAGCUCACUCCAGACGCAGGAGAAGGUACCGGCGGCGCAGGCGAACGCUGAGGUUCAACAGAGACGCGGUGGACGGAGCGCAGUCCUCUACAGUCGCUCAGAAGCAGACGGAGCUGCAGGCUCAGGAGGAGCAGGCCGUCUCUCUCGGACAGAGUCCCACUCACAUCAGCGCCGAGAGAGCCGGCUUCGCUCUGAGCUCGCUGCUGACCGCUCAGAGAGCGGAGAAGACGCAGCGGGUCGGGGACGGUGUGUGUGGGAAAGACUUCUGCCGGCUGGGCUGCGUGUGUGAGAGUCUGAACAGAGAAGUGCGAGGAUCCACUCACUGCAGACGCGUGCAGUGCAUGUUCAGCUGCGGCUGCUUCAGACACAAGAUCCUCCUCGUGCGCUCCGAGACCAGCGCCGGGAGCCUGGUGGCCUUCCCCAUCGCUGGCCCUGGAUCAGACGGCAGGCCGGAGCCGGCGCUCAGAGUCAGCAUGCUGUGGAGGAGGAGAGCGGGAGAGAACGACCCCGAGCCGCUCUUCACUCCCAGAGCCGCCGGAGCGCCGAGACCAGCGCAGCCCCAUCAUGCCCCCGCGCCGCGGCACAGGCCUCAGGUGCAGGAGACGGAGAAGGAUCCGGUGUACCUGUACCUGGAGAGCAUGAUGACGUGUGCUCGUGUGCGGGAAUACAACAGCUACCCUCCACCGCAGGUGCACUUACUGCCGGCUAAAAGAAGCGCUCCGGCUCCUGAGGACACGAUCAGUGCCGUGUCUCAGCUGGGUCUCUCUGCGUCUCAGAGUCCAGAGGAGAGCAGUGAGGCGGGAGAGCCGGAGCCCACUAAAGUGCUGGAGAUCAUCUCGGGGUGUAACUGGGAGACCCAUCGCUCUCUGGUGCUCAAAGAACUCUUCCGCUGCAUCGGCACGGACCACCUCGCAUCGGUUUUCUACAUCGACAUCUAUAAAGUGGAGCUGCUCUCCAAAGAUCUGAAAAAAGACGUGUGCGGAUCCACGUUGAUUUACAAGGUCUGCGUGUCCCUCGGCCAGACACCAGAAAAGACUCGUGAGCGGAGGACGAAUGUGAAGAAACGAGACGAUGCGUCACAUCUGAGGAGCUCUUCCUCUCAGAAGGUCAACACACUGAAUGUUACUGAGAACCUGCACGUCACACAGACAGACGCACCUGAUGAGAAACAGGUGAAGCACUUUCCUCUUCUCUCUCGUGUCGUUCCCGCUGGUCUGCUGAAGGCUGACAAGAAGACGCAAGUGCGUUCUGGACCGAUAAAGGUCAAUGGAAAAACGUACGGUCAGGCUAAACUGAUCCUGGGCCGCAUGGGAGCGCUGCAUCCAGCCAAUCGUCUGGCGGCGUACGUCACUGGCAGAAUAAAACCACUGCCUCAAAACACGAGCCGAGCGCUUUCUAAAACACUCCAGGUCAGGACGCUCAAAGAGACGAGGGGUUCCAACUCCACUCCAGCGAUCGAGCCUUCAAAACACACAGUGAGCCAAGCAAACCGGAGUAAAGAAACAUUCAAAAAGCCCAUGACCCGAUCUCCGGUGAUGCCCUGGGCUCCUAAUGGCUUCAGAUGUACUUCGUCUCUCGCUGUUCCUAAUCCUGCAGCAUCAUCACCUAACCCUGGGCGUGGCUCAAACAUGGUAGCUCCGCCCCUCUCCGGCGCUGAGACGGUUCUCCCGGCCUCUGCUCUUCCGCCGGGGCAGCAGGUGGUUCUGCAGCCGGUCGCAGGUAUGACGGGGGUGAACAUGUGUCAGUUUAACGGCCAGAUGAUCCAGCUGGUGCCCAUCAGUGCAGCGUUACCUGUGCAGGUGCAGAGCGGCGCUGGCGGAACAGGAGGUGCUCAACAGGAGCCACAGUCAGCACAGAUGACCCACAUCUAUGCCAGCAGCUCCACAGAAGGCUUCAUCUAAACCCCUUCCCUUCAUCGUACCCAGAAUCCACGCAGUGCAAGGAAACACCGGCUCUACCUUGGGAAGUGUUACAGCUCUGGGUCUACAGAACGGUUACUUGGUAAAGCUGGCAUGUUUUCCUUCAGAAUAUGCCCUCCUUCUGCUGAGAGCAAGACUGCGGGUCCCG